GGACUGAAGGACAGGAUCUAAAGAAGAGCCGAAAUGGGAAAGAUCAUUUUCUACGAGGACAAGAAUUUCCAGGGACGCUCCUUUGAAUGCAGUUCUGAUAACUCAGACUUACAUUCACACUUUACCCGCUGCAACUCAAUCAAGGUAGAGAAUGGAAACUGGAUGGUAUAUGAACGUGCAAACAACCAGGGGCACCAAUACUUCCUGAAGAGAGGAGAAUACCCUGAUUUACAACACUGGAUGGGUUUCAAUGGUUCCAUUAAUUCCUGCCGCAUUAUUCCACAGUAUCUUGGAACAUUCCGUACUAAAAUCUAUGAAAGGGAAGAAUUCAGGGGCCAUACAAAGGAGUAUACUGAUGAUUGCACCAACGUCCUGGAGGAAUUCAGUUAUCAUGAUAUCUACUCAUGCAAUGUGCUUGAAGGACACUGGAUCUUCUAUGAGCUGCCCAAAUACAGGGGACGGCAGUAUUACCUGAGGCCUGGAGAGUACAAGAGAUACAAUGACUGGGGUGCCUCAACUCCAAGGGUUGGCUCUUUCCGAAGAGUUCAAGAUCUGUUUUAAAUUAAUUGUUUUUCACUUGAAAUAACUUCCUUUUUUGACUCAAUAAAACCUCUUUAUUAUAA